GUGGUAUCCCGUUUGUCUUGUUCAGUUCACUCGACGCCUUCACUAACCUCGGACAAUCUAUUCCCUUCCCUCUUUCUAUCUCUAUCUCUCUAUCUCUCUCUUCCGUUGUUUAUUCACAUUCAUAACGUGCGUCACAUUCCCUCUCCGGAGAUAGUUCUGAAUGGCUGACAUGGCAGAGAAGCCGCAGGCAGAGAAGCCGCAGGCAGAGAAGCCGCAGGCAGAGAAGCCGCAGGACCUCAUCAAGCAGCGGCACGUGGAGGCGACGCUGGCGAAGGACAAGGGUCCCGACGCCCGCCUCCUGUCCUGGGCCGUCAAGGACUUCACGCAGAAGGGCGACAACAUGGCCACCUGCGUCACGAGCGUUGAGGUGACUUACUCGCUGGACGCCAAGGACCGCCACGCGUCCUACGUCGUCAAGCUGAAUCCGCAGCGAAAAGUGGAAGCGAUGGGCGACAUGAUAAGCGACAUCCUGGAGAAGGAGAUCAAUUUCUACACGGACAUUUUGCCGGAUCUGAAUUCCGCUUUGGGACGGGCGGGUUUGAGCGGACUGAGGGUCCCCACCUUCCACUUCGCGGAGAGCAACGUCGGCACCGAAAUGAUCUUCUUCGAGGACCUUCGCGCCCGAGGAUUCAAGAUGGCCGACCGGAAGCUGGGCCUGGACGCCGCGCACGCGAACCUCGUCUUCAAGGAGCUGGCAAGGCUUCACGCAGCUUCGGAUGUCCUAAAGAGCAGGUAUGGAGACCCGACCGACCGACACCCGCUCCUCAAGAAAGACUGGAUGACAAGUACGGGAGACGAGCGAGAAUUUCUACAGAAGUUAAUGGCAAACAAUCUGGAUGGGGCAGUGAAGCUACUCAGCAAAAUCGAAGGCUACGAUAACAUCAUGCAAUGGACCAUUCGGAACCAGCAGAGGAACGUGGAUUUAUUCCAAGACCAACUAGCAGCGGAACCUCAGUUUCAGGUCAUUUGUCACGGGGACUGCUGGAACAAUAACUUUAUGUUUAGGUAUGACGACUCGGGAGCGCCCCUGGAGGUGAUGCUGCUCGACCUGCAAGUCACCCGCUUCGCCUCGCUUGCCACUGACCUCAACUACUUCUGCUUCUCGAGCAUAAACGGCUCGAUUAUCGGCAGCAGCGUGCAGGACUUCCUCGCGGCCUACCACACGUCCUUCAGCCAAGUGUCGGAGGCAGCCGGUCACCGCGUCCCGUUCAGCCUCGAGGACCUCAAACACGAGUUCCGAGACAAGCAUAUUUUCGGCCUCCUGAUCAGCCUCAUGGCCAUCCCUUUUAUCGUCAUGAAUUCGGACGAUAUCCCCGAAGCCGACGAUUUCUUCAGUGCCGAAGGUAGUGAGGAAUUUCAGCAGAAGAUCUUGGAUUCCCUGGACUCCAACCCCCUACUGCGACCGCGUUUCUUGUCCGUCCUCGACUACAUGACCAAAGCCGGUGUCGUUGACUAAGUUCUGCGGGAAGGUCCGGUGUAGUCCGGGGUUGCAGGGAAACCCAAAGCCUACGGGCUUUGUGCAAGAACAUAGCCUCUGUAAAACGAAGAAUGGUGGGUCACACUCGCAUGGAUCGUUGUAAUCGGUCAAUAGUUACUCACGUGUUCUUUAAGAUUCGAAACACAAGUCUCAGGGUUACAAAACACAUGUCUACAGUCUUUGCAAAUUGUUGAUGGAUGGAAUUUUCUUUCCUUAGAUAGCCGCGUAGUGUUUCGGUCUACUGAAGUUUUUCGUCAACGAUGAACAAGUUUCACUGUUGCUGAAAAAGGCGUAAAUUGGAAGAAGUUAUUACAAAAGGCAAGAUAAUUACGUUUCAACUUCUCGCAAUACUCAACGUGUACAAAGGCCUUCAGUUCAAUGUUGUAUCCCAUUUGUACUGUGAACUUCUGUAAACGCUGUGUGAAAAAAAUAUUAGCAUAAAAUUAGUUAUUAAGAUGUUGACUGUAUGUUUUCCUUACAAUUAUUCUCCACAAUAUAUUUAGCUUUAGAUCCUCCGUGGCUGUACAUUUGACGAUGUCUGUAUCCAAAGACAAUCACUGUAAAUAUUUAUCUGAUUUAGGGGCACAAACUAACCUGAGCACUGACAUUUCCAUGAAUUCUGUCACUGUGAAGAAUAUUGACAUUAGUGUUAAAAACGAUGCAGAGCAUAAGGACAAUAUCAAUAAAAUGAUUUCAGUCUGCUGUAA